AUGAGUAACAUUUGGGACAUGAUUCGCGUCGUUGUAUUCGGAUCGAACAACGACGCGUCUCGCGAUAGUGCUCCUGCCUUUAACCCGGCGCAAGAUAUCCCGUCGAUGGCAGGCAAGGUCGUCUUCAUCACGGGCGCCGCGGGCGACCUCGGCCGACAAACGGCCAUAGAGCUGGCUCGUUAUGGCCGGCCUAGCCGCAUAUACAUCGCAGAUCUGCCCCGCAACGACGACGCCAAACAAGCUCUGAUCCGCCGGAUUCAUGACGAGGCUUACGGGGACUCCAUAUCCCCCACCUCGGAAACGGCCGUCGUAACGUCGCCGACCGAGGUCCGAUUUCUCGAUCUGGACCUUGCGUCUUUCGAUAGCGUCCGAAAAUGCGCCCAGCAGUUUGCUGCUCAAGAACAACUUCUGGACAUUCUCAUUUUGAAUGCAGGUAUCAUCCGUGUCCCUCCGGCAACAACCCCGGAGGGCUACGAGAUCCAUUUUGGAGUCAACUAUCUCGGCCAUGCCCUCUUGGCGCGACUGCUAAUGCCGAUGCUGCUUCGCACAACGCAGCGACAGCCCGGCGCCGACGCACGUGUCGUUGUUGUGUCAAGCGAGGGGCACGUUUCAGCGCCUAAACAAGGCGUCGAUUUCGAUCUUGUAAAGACCAACUGUUCGAAUCUGCCAUAUCCAAAGCGCUACGGCCAGAGCAAAGCAGCCCUCAUUGGCCUGAUGCAAGGACUCAGCCGCGACUAUCCACAAGUCAAAUCAGUCGCUGUACAUCCAGGGAGAAUUCUUACGGGCAUGGCUACCUCAUUGUGGAAAGAAAGUACCCUUGCACGCUUAACUAAGCCUAUUGCGCCGUUCUUCUGUGCGCCUGUGACUACCGGGAUCAGAAAUCAUCUAUGGGCGGCCACGAGCUCAGAGGUGGUAAGCGGCACGUAUUAUGAACCUGUGGGAGUGCCUGGAACGUUAUCGCCCGCCGUACAGGACCCGACUUUUGCGAAAAGGCUUAAGGAGUGGACUGAUAAUGCCCUUGAAGGAAUCAAAUCACUUGAGUAG